ACGGUGUGUCGGCUGGACUGGACCGGAUCAGAGCCGCGUGCUGAGACCCGGAGGCUCGGUGACCCCGGUACCGGACGACAUGCCGGGCCUGGAGCAGAACUUCCUGGUUCUGGAACAGUCGGUCUCGGUGGACUCGAAGGACGUGGACGCGCUGGUGACCCGGAUCGAGGGGGUCCUGCAGCUCCACAGCACCCCAGUAGGACUCAGGUCCGGCUCGGUUCCGACCGGCCCGGUCCAGACCCACAGCUGCUGCCUGCGGCUCCGGAACCAGCGGACCCAGAGGGGCAGCCCGUACCAGCUGCCCUCCUCCCGCAGCGACCAGGACCAGAACUGGGACCAGAUCCGGCCGUGGAACAGGAAGCGGGUCCGGACGGAUGAGGCGGACCCGCACCGGGUCCUGCAGGACCUGGUUCUGUCCGGGAACCUGAUCAAAGAGGCGGUCCGGAGGCUGCAGUUCUCCCAACUGGACUGUGGAGACCUGAGCUGGACCCGAACCCAGGACCGGGGUCCGGACAACGUGCCCUGUUCCUAACACAGAACCGGACUGAACCGGACCGGACCUGUGGAACUGGAUCAGACUGAAGGGUUCUGGUUCUGGGUUUUGUUUGGUUCUGAUGCUAACUGUUAGCCGGCCGGCUAACGCGCGUGUUGAUGUUUUUCACCUGGGGGGUCAGAGGGUACAGGCGCGUGCGUGAACGCGCAGUGGUGUGGGGUUUGUUGUGGGGCGGGGCCUGAACUGUCUGUCAGAGGCCCCGCCCCCUCACGGUCUGUCUGUCAGAGGCCCCGCCCCCUCACGGUCUGUUUGUUUGUUCAGUCACGUGACUGCUUCGUAGCGGAGCGCCUCCUGUUUCCUGAAUUCUCAGGACUUCUUUGUUGUUUUAAUAAACAAACUUGUUUUACACA